UGGUGGAAGACUGCAUUUCUCUCGUACAGAAAACUACCAGCAUGACGUCACGAAGUGUAAACGCUGUCUUCCUAAUCGUCUGCAGCCUCUUUCGAUUGACGUCAGGUAAUUUUGACCAAACAGUGUGUAGCAGUGCUCAGCCUGGGGCCGUAUCUGGAGGUCCGUCCAAACCGAACUUCCCGGAUCAAUUCCAGACGCGAAUUGAACUAACCAUUAUCAACAAAAACCAGACGACCGAGCUAGUGGAGUAUUAUGACGGGGCCAAUAAUCGAGGCACCAUCCAACAGACCGAUUUCAACAUUAACUUGCGAGCAAUUUACGAUUACGUGGAUGACGAAUUCAUCAUGGAUUUCCCAGACGAGCAGCGUUGCCAGGUAACGUCCUUGGAUUCGACAGAUCAGAGAUUCCUGUUGGGCUAUCAGAUGGUCAACGGUAAAGGUCGGAUAUUUUCGGCAGCACGUGCUCUUCACUGGUCCGACCCUCAGAUCCAGGAAAACUACGUAGGAACAGAUGUGGUGCGUGGGAUAAUAGUGGAUCACUGGCAGUCGUGCCAGUACUGGGCGGACGAGGACGCCUCCAUGCAGGUCCACUGGUACUUCACAGCUAACAACGCUUGGGGCACAUCGAUUGGGCGUAAGCAACUUCCGGUUCGGUGCUGGGUGAAGGGUAUAGUGAACAAACAGGGAGAGACACCUCACAACUUUGAGCACUAUUAUGAAUUCUUCCAGUUCCGAGAUACGAUCAUUGAUGGUGUUGGGGUCUUUGAGGCGCCGAUGGACUAUCCAUGUCCUGGGCGAAUCAACACGAAGUCACUUCCGGUGCCCAGCAAGGCUUUUUCCUUCAUGAGUGAAGUGGUUAACUACGACACUAAGGAGAUCAGUUACAUGAAGGAAGAGUUUGACCUGAAAACAAAGCUUGUGAGAUACAUAUACAAACCCCCAACAGCGCACCAGGUGAUCGAGAUCCACGACUUUAACACAGGCGUGGCCUACGUUAACGACCCUUUAGUCGGCAACUGCACUUACAAACCAAUAGAGUCAGGCGGAUUUGACGUGAAAAACACGGACUCGGCUCACGUUCGGAUGCGGACUGCAAACGAGUUCUUCUCCUUCGACAACACGCGGUAUACCUAUAUAGGGAAGCACAAGGAGCGGUUGAUCGACUGCGACGCCUGGGUGGCGACAAGAACUGACUGGCCCCCAGGACUUGGGGUUAACUCCACAUGGACCUGGUACUUCGCUACAACGGAUUGGAUUGAGGCUAGCGGUAAUCUUUUGGAAGAUGGGGAGCCUAUUAGCCUUAAAGUGGAGAUACCCUCAUACAACAUGCACAUGCAGUACAACAUGUACAACUUCUUCGAAGGCGAGCCGGACAUCUUUGAGUUUGACGUCAGUAACUGUUAUGCCUUCCGGGACAGAGUUUAUGUCACAUUCAUACUGCCGGGGGUUUACAACGAUUUCAUUCAAAAGGACAGAAGUAUCUUCAAAUACUCCCUGUUACUGACGAUUACGGGCGUGGCCGGGGUGUCACCAGUUCGGAUAGCUCACCUCAAUUUUGUGAUGUCUGAUACAAACGUGACGGUUGAGUUUGAGGUUUUGGACGUAGCCCCUAAGGUCGGUGACGUUCAGAGCACUACACAAGAGGUGCCCUUAUUUAUGGCAGUUGCAGCAAUUAACGACACUAUAGCGGCGGGCCAGUUUGUGAUACGAUUGUUAGGAGAUGAGGAAGUCUACCUGGUGGCCAUACAGGAUAGCUUACAGACGCUGACCUACGUCGCGGGAACCGCUCAGCCCGACUCUCAGUCUGCCCACUACACCCCAGGCGCCAUGGCUGCUAUAGGCAUCACCAUGCCAAUAGUAGGAGGGAUAAUCGGGGCAGUGGCCGCCUUCUUUUUCUUUAAGUGAUCCAUACAACAACAACUACAAGCACAACGACAACAACAACGAUUGACCUCUAAGCACUGUAUGGCUGAAUAUAAAGACAUUGAAGAAAAGGAAGCAGUUUUUAAAACCCAGCAAACGCUGUCAUGUAACUGCUGGGUGGGCUAUAUCGUGUUCGUUUUUUUAAAAACGCAGUUUUUUUUUUUCAUUUCAUAGAUAUUUUCUAUCUUCCAUUUGACUGUAAUUCAGAGUAUCCCGUGGAUCAUAUUUACAGGGUUAGUUAUGUUGACAACCAUACAUUAUUGACACGUUUUCUAUCAAAGCGAAAUAAAAACGUAUUACAUGAUAGACACUGUACUGAUUUCUUCUAAAAUAUACAGCUCAUAAAUUAGGGAACAUUUACCGCCUACCUAAAUUCCGGCCAAUGCUGUAAUAUAGCCUCCUGUAUUUUCCCUGACGUUUUGUGGACAAACAUGUUUACGUAGUACACACGUUUUGUGGACCAAUUGCUUACGUAGUACACACGUUUUUGUGGACAAACUGCUUACGUAGUGCACACGUUUUGUGGUCAAACUGCUUACUUAGUACACACGUUUUGCAAGAGAAUACUGGUCAGUUGACCUUUUGCACGAGUCUCUGUUUUGGGAGGUAAAACCGUUCUAUGAAGAUUAAUGCUCGGUGUUACUUGUAAGUUAAAGGUAGCUAGGUAAAGACGAUGCGAUUUGUCGAAUGCUACCAUCGCAUGGAGUAGCGCAUGUCCUUUUUAUGUCGACUCUAGUCCAAUAAGAUGUGUCGACUCGAGGACAGUACCGUGUGAACGUCACUUAAUGCAUAUAUCUAUUUUACAAUAGGAGUAAGUGACGUUGAGCAGACCUCUAAUGAUUUGUAACUAAAUCCUGCUCAUUUACAUAUAUGCAUGUGGUAAGACUUCAACUAUUAGGCUUUUCACAAACCUAGCCGUUUGUGAGGGUAGUCUAGUAUAUCUUAUACAGUCAGGAUAUGCACACAAAAUGGGUUUUGUUCCCGCAAAUGAAUUUGAUUUUCUGAGUGGCAUACUUUUCUUUAAUAUUUAAAAAAAAAUGAUGAAAUAAAGAAAGAAAAACACAAAGUGUACAGCUACCUUUAUUUUGUAUAAUUAUUAAUAUGUUAAAAAACACUCAUAAUUACAUUGCACGCGUAUUUUAACAACAUACAUUGUCUGAGACCACGCAUGACAUACAUACUGAAUUCUACGUCAGGGAUUU